AUGACAACUCCAACAAUACCCGGCGUCAAGGCCGAACAUAGUGUCGCUCAGACCAUCCGCCAGGAAGUCGCCCGGCUGCUGAACCGAAAUACUCUCAGCUUCCCAGGUGCACAGCCGGUUAGUUUUGCGAAAAAACACCUUAACGAGCUACACCACGAAGAUUAUUACGUCUGCGAAAAGUCGGAUGGAAUACGAUGUCUGCUCUACUGCACCCACGGCGACACCCAGGACUCCGAAGCCUACUAUCUCAUUGACCGAAAAAAUGACUAUUACUACGUCAGCGGCCUCCACUACCCUAGAAAUCCCCCUCCAGACUCGAAGGAAAUCGACUGGGGAAGCUUCCACACCCAAACAGUGAUCGAUGGAGAAUUGGUUAUCGACGUGAAGAAAGACGGGAGAAAGGUUCUGAAGUUCUUGGUAUUCGACUGUCUGGUGUUGGACGGUCAGUUACUGGUCCAACGCUCCCUUGACAAGAGACUCGGGUACUUUAGAAGUAACUUUUUUAAGCCCUAUGAGGCUCUUUGCAAGGCCUUUCCGGACGAGAUGCAAUAUUUCCCUUUUUAUCUGCAAUUCAAAAACAUGGAGUUCUCAUACGCUUUGCCAAAGAUGUUCGAUCAGGUCCUACCGAACUUGGAGCAUGGAAACGAUGGGUUGAUCUUCACGGCUGUGAAUGCUGAUUACAGAUUUGGCACAGAUGAAAAGAUUCUAAAAUGGAAACCUGCAGACGAAAACUCGAUCGACUUUCGCAUGAACCUCCGAUUUCCAUUGUUACCCCCCGAAGAGUGCGAAGAAGACGGCUCCGGAUCACCACAGUAUGACUGGUACGCUAAGCCGCAGAUCACUCUCUCCGUUAAUGCCGGAGGUGGGGGGUAUCAACGAUGGGCGGAGAUGUAUGUUACGGACCAAGAGUGGACCGAUCUAAAGAACAUGGGAGUUGAGCUGGACGAACGGAUCGUGGAAUGUGCGAUGGAUGAAGAAGGAAGAUGGAGGUUCAAGAGGUUCAGAAAUGAUAAGAAGGAUGGAAAUCACAUUAGUGUGGUUAAUAGUGUUAUGGAAAGUAUUCGAGAUGGAGUGUCGAAGGAAGAUCUGUUGGCUGUAGCGGCAGCGGUAAGAACAGAAUGGAAGUCACGACAUCCACCACAGCAGGCGCAGGCGAGGCCACCCCAGGGCAGGCCGCAAGGGAGAUAG